UUAAAAAAUGGCACGCAAGAAUUCUCAGCGUGAGAUAAUAAAUAUACACGGGACGUUGGAGAAAGAGAAAGCGAGGAUUCUAAGUGCAAAAAGUACAGGCAAUACGAACAGAUCUCUUGAAACGAGGUAAAAAUUAUUUAAAAUGAAGAAAAUUAUUAGAGUCUAUUAUUUCAUUUGUCGUACGACAAAUUUUUUAAGGUUAUUGAUUGCCUACAAAAUAGAAAAUUUCUGGAGACUCGAGAACUAUUGUAUUUCGCAGCCAAUCAACACGUUUGAAAAAUUUGUCGUACGACAAAUGGAGAAUCAGUGCCCUUCCGGAAAUUUAGCGGGGCGGUCAUCAGCAACGUGACUAGGCAAAGACCACACAAUUUUCAGCUUAGCAGUCAGCAAGAUCGCCAGCAAGCGGAUCGGCAUAUGCAAACGGCUACCGCGAAUUUUAGCGAGAGAUCCAUGAGACGGUGACUGCAAAGAUGGUGAGCGCAAGUAGGUUACGAUCGACCGAUCGCCCGUCCGUCGACCGACUCGCCGACCGGGACCGACACGGAGGCCGGAUAUCACGGUGCGCGAAAUCGCGACAGGUGUCCCGAGCCCGUGGACCAGUGGCACGAGGGAGGAGACCGGACGACGACGAGGACGCGCGCGCGCGCGCGCGCGAGUCAGAGCAAGAGCGUGAGCGAGAGAGAACGACGACAACGACGACGACCGAGGCCGAGGGAGUGACACGCGACGUGGUGCGUGCCGUGCGUGGUGGUGCGUCGUCCGUCCGCCCGCUCGCCGAUCCCUACAUCCCGUACGCGCGGCACGGUGCGGCAGUUACGGCACAGCAGGCACAGGACCCACGGAACCCGCAGGACCCAGAGGACGCGCGACGCACGCACGGCGUCGGGGACGCGCGCGCGCACGCACACACACAGGCGCGCGGGCACAAACGCAAACGCAGCUCGGAGGAGCUCGGCGACGGCGGAGACGGCGGCGGAGGCGGAGGCGGAGAUCCCCCGUUCAACGGCGCCAAUUUAAUGGAUCCGACCAUCGGUUGGUACCAACCGGAGCAGUACGGCCCCGCCAAGGACCUUUGGUUGCACAUCUGGGAGGCUGAGAAGGGCCUCGACGUCCUGACCGUCACGGGUAACGACUCCAACACGAGCAACGCGACGAACGCGAUGGGCGUGCGGUUGCAGCAGGACUUUCUCGCGCUGGACACGAGCCCGGUGGCGGCGACGAUGACCGCGGCCGGCACCACGCCGUCGUCCAAUGUCAACCUCACCGUCACCGCCGCCGGCGGCAACGGCAAUGGCAAUGCCGGCAACAAUAGCAACGGUAGCAACGGCCGGGCCGCGUCCGCCGUUCACGGCACGGCCGCCGGCAAUGGCAACGGCAACGGCGAGCACCGCGUGCCCCACAAUGCCUGCAACAUUUAUUACAACCCGUCCCGCAGGAAAGGCGAGAAUCGGGCGAGCACCUAUGACAUGAACUACAAUUAUAAUGCUCUCGUGGGCGCGUACGGCGGCUGUCCCUGGCGCGUGCCGAACAAGCACUACUCCAAGGGGGUGAUCGGAUUACACGAGGAGAUAGAAGAUUUCUUCGCAUAUAUGUGCCCCUCGCAAGAAGAGCAUUUAUUAAGAUUGAGAGUUGUAAAAAGAAUAGAACAUGUAAUUUAUGAUCUCUGGCCAGACUCUAAAGUCGAAGUAUUUGGUAGUUUUCGCACUGGUUUAUAUUUGCCUACCAGUGAUAUAGAUUUGGUAGUAAUAGGGAUGUGGACAAAUCUUCCAUUGCGUACUUUGGAACGUGCUUUACUAGAUCAAAAUAUCGCUGAGCCGUCUUCUGUUAAAGUGUUGGACAAGGCCAGCGUGCCGAUUGUUAAACUGAUCGAUAAAGAAAGUGAGAUUAAAGUGGAUAUUAGUUUCAACAUGAAUAACGGCGUCAAAUCCGCCGAGUUGAUAAAAUCCUUCAAGACGCAAUACCCAGUUCUGGAGAAGCUAGUCAUAGUGUUGAAGCAGUUUCUACUACAAAGAGAUCUUAACGAAGUGUUCACCGGUGGUAUAUCCUCGUACAGUUUAAUACUUAUGACCAUCAGUUUUUUACAAUUACAUCCGAGAAAAGAUAUUCAUUGUCCAAACACCAACUUGGGAGUGUUGUUGAUCGAAUUUCUGGAGUUAUACGGUAGAAAGUUCAACUAUGUUAAGACUGGCAUUCGUGUAAAGGAUGGCGGUAUUUACAUAUCCAAAGAAGAGAUUCAGCGAGAUAUGAUUGAUGGUCAUCGACCAUCUCUGCUGUGCAUAGAAGACCCACUCACUCCUGGGAAUGAUAUCGGCCGUAGUAGUUACGGUGCUUUGUAUGUAAAGAGUGCAUUUAAUUGGGCCUAUUGUAUUCUUUCUCAAACGGUCAACCCCGCAAAUAUCUUAAUUAAUGAUGCCAGUAAAGUAAGCAUACUGGGAAGAAUAAUCCGUGUGACCGAUGAAGUAAUAGAUUAUCGUAAGUGGAUCAAAGAUACAUUCCCCUUGUCCGUAAGCGAAGGAGACUCUCUGUCAAGCUCAACUGGUUCUGAUGCAUCCACUCUUUCAGCUCCCGCCAGUGAUACGGACUCCGAGUGUAGUCGUGGCAAUUCUCCGAACACUGGCGGGAAGAACGAAAAUGACAAAAACAAAGAUAGGCACGUUUACAAUAGUCACCAAAUCUACAAUUAUUCUGGAAGAAAAGCAUUCAAAGCGACCACUCAUGCCAAUCAUCAACAGAGUUUCAAAGGCAGUUAUCAUCGCAUCAACAAUAAUAUAGUUGGUCAGAACAAGACCAAGCAUGCACUCCACAGUAAUGGAAACAACAAUAGUAAUAAUAGCAACAAUACUAGUCACAGUCCAAGCUCUAGGCCAAACUCAAUGAAGAGGAAGAAGCAUUGUACGAUGCAACGCGGGACCGGAGAUUGUGUACGGUGAUGAAACGUGCACGAUAAUUUCGGACAUUACUUCCGUCACUUAAGUAGAGAGCUCAAUAUCAUAACUGUGUGAUAGAAAAACAGCGAUUAAUGGUCGGUCAUGUAAUAACUGAAUCAUCCUACACGAAUUCUCUUCGCUUUCAGUUUCGGCUCAAUGUACAGAAGGGCACAACGUUUACGGUUCUGAGAGAACCAACAGUUUAUGAAAUUUUAUGAUUCUUAUGCAGAACAAGAAUGCCCAAGCAGUAGCUAUACAUAUAUGCAUAUACAUACAUAUUUCUUUUUUUUUCCUCUCAUUGGCCAAAAUCAUAUUUUGCUCUGUACGCAAAAAUUUAUAUAUUAAAGACGUACAGAAUUUCGAACCGAGAAUCGAAAUAGGAUCUAUUUAUAUUUUAUUUUUGUUGCACAGGUUAUAAACUGUAUCCGGUGUAAUAAUAUUUCAUUAAUUAUUUAAAAAUUAUCAUUAAAAAAGAAAAAAAUUAGAAAAUUUAUCAUUGCCAUCGUCAAUAGUACGUGUGUUCACAGCCCCCUAUGAGUAAUACAUUUAAAGUACGAAUAGUAUACAGACGAUAAUAAGUUAUAGUACGUUUUUCUCAACACAAAACUAUAAAACACACUGAUAGUGACGACAAAAAACUUAGUUUUCUAUACGAAACUAUAUUCUUAUAACAAGAGGGUGACAGAAAAUUUGGUGAUAUUGGGACUUAUCCAAUGUACAUAUUGUAAUAUACAUCAUGAUAGAGAAGUAAAUCUAAGAGUUACCUACUAAAUUUUUUUAACUUAUAAAUAUUUAAAAGUGUUUAUUAUAGUAAUUUUAUCAUAAAAAUUCGCGGAUAAAGC